UAUUGUUCGGCAGGGUCUUAAUUUAGUGGAAUUGUUUUCUUUCUUGGGCGCACAUGCCGCUUUUUUAAAUACUCUCACUUCAGCUUUGGGACCGGAUCAAAAUUUCGUUUUUCGCAGUUGCAGAGCCGGGCAUGUCCUCGCCAGAUCUGGUGGGAGUUUGGCAGGUGCCUUUGAGCAGCGGGGUUCGAACUAUAGAAUUUGAGCACGGCACAGCAACCGGGAAACGUAUAGUUCGAGUUGAUGGAAAAGAGAUAAUUCGGAAAGAUUGGAUGUUCAAACUGGUUGGGGACGAAGCAUUUGACUUGGACGGGACUCGGUGUAUUAUAAGGGUGGAACCGUAUGGCACCUUCUCCUACUGCUACUCCUUCUUGGUCGAUGGAAAGAGUCUUGCUUCCUUCACGAGGCAACAAUCUAAAACGACGAGUACAUGGGUUGUGAACGACGGUGACACUAAUUAUAGGAUAGUCCUCGAUAAGAACACGUUAGAUAUCUGGGUGAAUGGAAAAAUUGUCGAAGUUACAAGAAACUUCGUUGACGAAGGGACAGAGAUGCAUUUUCCUCUGGGCAAUAUUCCUGCUUAUGUGAAAACUGUCUCAAGUGGGGACAAACGGGAGGGCCUGAUAUACACAUUAAUAGCAAACAAUGAAAUAGUUGAUCCUGCCGAAUGACAUUCUCAUAGGAUUUUCUCAGUUUCUUAAUUUGUUGAUGACUGUCCAAAAAUGGGCAACUGAGAUUAUAUCAACAGACAUGGGAACUUGAAAAACCAAAUCUGAAUUUAUUGCGAUUUACUUCAGUUGAAGAAAAGGAACUGUGCUUAGCCAGUUUUUCCAGCUAGUAUCACUGCCAUUUUACAAUAUGUGUGUGAUUUUUCUUGACUGGUUCUUUCAAAUUCACUAAAAAUUUGAUAGAUACAGUAUUUUGGUAUUUUCCAAGAGGAUUUAAAUUCCAGUGAAAAAUUUAGCUACAAUUGAGGAUUCUGUCUAGGGCUUCAUUAUUGAUGGAGCAGAUUUUGAUAAUGGGCACUUAAAGAAUUAUCCUUAAGAGUCUUGUAAUAUAUAAGACUAUGUAUUGGAAAAUAUGGACUCAAUAUACAAAUCAAUGUAUGAAUUGUGAAAUAUUUCUCAUUGAUAAACUAAAAGUCAUCUGUUUGUGAAUUAAAUACAAUUAACACUUCGCUUCAGACUUAAUACUGGGUUGCAAGCUUGGACGGAACUUCCAACUUGCAUAUUGCAGGAGGUGUGCCUGGUGGAUGGCGCACAUACGACAUGAAUUUGAUUUAUUGCCAUAAGUUUCAGCGAGUUUAUACCAUUUUUGAAGUUAGACAUACAAUUUUAGAUGGUGAAAUAUUCUCUAUGAAAUCUGGAAAUCCAAGUAGAAAAUAUUUCAAGAAAUUCUGAAAUUACACCUCUGUGAUGACGCACUAUUUGUGUACUGUUGUUAAUAAACAAUCAAUCAUUGAUA